AUGCCUCCACGUGGAUUCACUAACCCUGCUCCAAAGACCGAGUCGGCGCGGACUGCCCUCAGUUCCUUCACUUGUACUCUGUGUAACAAAUCCUAUUCACGACAUCCAGAAUAUGAAGCGCAUAUCGGGUCCUACGAUCAUCAGCACCGAAAGCGACUGCAAGAUUUGAAGCAACUAUCGCGCGAUCCCAAUGCUGCAGAGAAGGCCCGACGCGCAGAGCGCAAAGCGGAUGCCGAGGCGGGGCUAAGAGUGAUUGAUGCGCCUAUCGCCAGUACCAAUUCUACUGGAACAACUGGUGGAGGGGGCUUCAAAAAGGGCGGUUUCAAGAGUUCCUUCGCAGCUGUCAAGGGCUCUGCGGCACCCGUAUUGAAAAAGAAUGUCUUAGGGGACGACGACGAUGAUGAGGCCCAGACAACCCAAAAGAAUCAACAGGGAUCAACAGCUUCCAAGUCGACGACGCGCGGGGAUGAAAUGAACGACGCAGAAAGUGACACUGAUGAGGAAUACGGACAAGAUAAGCAGGGUGGAGGAUACUAUGAUCCUCGCCAACCUACUGGUUGCCUUGCUGGAUGUGCAGGGCUUCGGUGA